AGAAAUAUUGUGCUGACUUUCGCUGUUGCUGGUGAUGCUAUCCCAUAACUACCCAUUUUUUUUGAGGUUGCAUGACACCGAAGUGAUUGCAACAUUCAAUAACCUAUCCUUUGGUUAUCUCCGCUGCGUGAAGUAAUUAGUUGCUUGAAGACCAAACUUCGCAGCGUUUUCACUCAAAACAUGUUCCGUGGUGGUCCGGUCGCUGCGAAGCCCGCGGGCAAGGCCGCCGCGAGCGCCGGCGUGCCGAGCAAAGGACCGAUAAAGGCCACGGCAAAAAGCGUUCCGGGGUUGAAGCAAGCGGUCACUGCGGUCCGAGGUGUGAACGCGGUGGCGGCAAAGCCGGCUACUACUCCGCGCGCACCGCUAGCGACGCCUCGGAUGCCUGGAGGACCAACAUCGAGUCCUAGUACCACCACCGGACUAAGGGGAGAGACUCCGAGGGCCAAAGCGAAAGCUGGAGGAAGUAUAGCUGGCAAAGCCGCUGGUCCUCCUGGCGCAAAGGCUUCCGCAAGCCCACGUCGGUCAGCUUCGUUUCAGACGAGCACAACUGCACGUGCAACCGGUGAUCCUUCUACAGCCGUUCAAGAAAACGAAAACGACUCUCAGCUCACGGGGACCCGCCCAGGCGGCCGGAAAUCCGCGACGCCGCGGACCAGCGUCCGCGCGAAUUCGAAGCUUGAGGAGGGUAUGGUCACACUGAAUGUGAGCGAACUGGAAACCCGAAUCAGCGACAUCAUCGCCAGAAAGAGCGGAGCGGCUGUCAUACCAGCCGUAGGUGGAGGAAAUGCGGCGAUCCGGAAGAGCCUAGCGGCGCCCGGUAUCGCCGCCGCUGCGAAAGUGCUUGAAGCCGCAAGAGCGGGCAAUGUGGACGUCUUGACCGAGCUGUGUGGGUAAAGAUUUAAGCUUUGGCUCUGCUCCUGUGUCAUUUUCGCUAGUGUUUGAAAACUGAAGAUCGUCGGUGUAAAAGUAAAUGCGUGAUCAGUAGCAACAUUCUGAUUUUAUCAAUCUUCACUAAAAACGAUUUUCAGCACUCCGGAGCAGUUCUCCAAUUUGGACCAAAUUGAGGACGAGGUCGCCCGUGCCCGCGAGUUCAUUACCCCGAAUGUCCAGGACGUGCGCUGGCGGACGCCAUUGAUGUACGCCUCAGCGUUUGUACGAAAAAGUAAAAGAAAGAAGUGUUUCUUUCAGUAUCAUGCGGCUGAUGUUACGUAUUUCUUUUCCAACACAGAGCACGCAUUGUCUGCAGGCUCGCUUUUGGCUUUUCCAUGUACACUAAAAGUACCUACCCGCAAAUUCGUUGACGGAGGAAUUGGAAAACUGGUGUGGAAUUCUGUGCUGUAGCUGAGAAGGCAUAUUGUUGUUCGUGUUGGAAUAUUGUCUCAGCCGCACGCCGCUGCCAGGCAUUUUUUCGUUUCCAUGACCUGCACGCUUCGACGCAGUAAUGUUCUUGAUCGACGACCCGUUGUUGCAAGUUAAUCUCCGCGACGACACCAACAAAACAGCGUUGAUGUACGCUUGUCGCAAGGUCUUCGCACCCGAGGCCCGAACGUCAACUACAAGUCAUACCGCGACCGACAAAACUACGAUCAAGCAGCGGCAGCACGACAGCAAGCGCGCCGACAUCGUGGAAAUGUUGUUGGGCGAGGACGCAGACGUCGGGGCCGUGGACCAGUACGGCGAAACGGCGCUGCACAUCGCGGUCGACGUAUGGAAGGGAAAGGAUUUGAGCCAAGUCUGGGGUUUGAAAAGUGCAAGUUUCCCGUAUGAUAUGAAGCAUAACGUGAAAGAGUACUCUGGUUUUCUGAGUAUCAGCAAGCAUGACAAACUCUGUCGACUUCACUCAAGCUUUUCUCUCGAUAAAACGAGGGAGACCGCAACGUGGUGGACGUGUUACUUACCUACUGCCUCAGCGAGGGCUACGAGGAUGUGCUGCUGAAGAAGGACUACGACGGGGUCAGCCUCCUCGACAUUGCCGCCAUGAACGAGGACAUUAAGAUGGGGGUUUUGCUGCUCCGCGCCGGUUUAGAAUUUCAGGAGGACGAGCAAUCGGAGUUCGCAAAAGCGGUGAAGCGGUACGACUUUGAGUUUCCGGAGGACAUUGAGAACACCACGGAUCUGGAACCCGAAAUGUACGCAGAUGACGGAGAGCAAGACCAGGACAACGAUGUUAAGAAGACCCGACGUUUGUUGACGACGAAAACCGGGAUCGCAGGACCGGACAAGGAUAAAAAACUUACGCCCGAAUUCCUGGCUUUGGAAAUGCAGUUGAAGACCCUUGCAGGUAGUCUGUACCGUGCGUCAAGGACCAGUCAGGAGGGCCACAUGCAGGUGGAUUUGAGUCCGGACUUCGAAAGGAGCGGGUCUGGUAUGGGGAUUGGAGCAAAUCAACCCGAUGUCUUCACUAUCACGCCACUAGAUCCUCUGCAGGACCAGGAGGACGCAUUUCUCUUCGCCAGCCACCAGUCCGGGCAGAUGAUGCGGAAAAUGUACGAGCGGAGGCAGCGGUCGGUUCUGUCCAUGGCGGACAUUUUGUCCCCGUCUCUGAGCAACCUCUACUUGAUGAAGCUCUACCAGGCGAACGAGCCGAUUGACGCGGCGCUCGAAGCGCAGAUGAUCGGCGCGCAAAUGAUCCAAGUGCAGGAGACGCCGGAGCAGGCGCUGGACGCAUUGCAAAACGCGAUGGGGUUGAAGUCGCUGGAGAACCUCCGGAUCGCGCUGACGCACUGCGGCCGCCUGGCGGACGAGGUUUCGGACGCGGAGAAAGCGAUGCUGCACUGGGACGAGAUGAUCCUGAAGGCGGAGAAAGCUGUUGAGGCACUCCACCUAAAAGCGGGGGUGCUGAACCGGUUGGGUAUCCAGAUCGCGAGUUUCUCCGCGAAAUACAAGUCGGGCGACGAGCUGACGGAGGAGAUUCUGGCGUUAGAGCGGGUGUUGAAGGAAGCCGAGGCGUACGGGUGCUCGAAGGAGCAAGACGAGGUGGUUUCUGGUUGUUACACGGUGUUGGAAAAAGCGAAACGGCGGCGUGACGCAAGAGCAGAGCUGCGGAAACUGGCGGAAGCAGGGGAUUUCGAAUCUUUCGAAAUGAUCUUGAACCGGUAUCGCCAGGUGCGGCUCAGCGGCCACGCGACACCCAACCGCGCACUCUCGACCUUCGAGCGAGUGACGGAGAUGCGCGCGACCUUCCGGGCGAAGGUGACGGGCGGCGCGAGCGGGCGGCUGGCAUCGAUUCGCGACGAGAAGGACCGGGUGACCACGACCGUGAAGAAAUCGGUGAGUCGGCAGUUCACCAGCCGCGUGACCCCGGGGUUCGCGCCGGAGUGCGAGGUGGUGCUGACCGCGAACGACUUGCGGAUGUUCGCGGAAAUGCUGUCGGCCUUCAAAUCGAAAGCGAAGGCGGAAGCGAACUUACUGCGGUUAGUGGAUCAGAAGCCGGUGGAUGUGGAAGCGUUGCAAGCGGCGGUGGCCACCGCCCGGGUCUUGCAGAUCGACGUGGCUUUCGCGGAGUCGAUUCUCCAAGCGGAGGUCCCCAGGAGGGAGGCGGUGUCCGCGUUGAAGCAGGCGAUGGCGAAGGGCGUGAUUGAGGAAAUCGAACUGGCGUUAAUGCGCUGCAAGCAGGUCUUCGAGGACAUGACAGCGUCCGCGAAGCAGUACCCGGUGUUGCUCGAAGCCCCAGCGUAUCUGGAGCGGGAACGGCAGCGCAUGCGUUUGAAGGGCGAGGUGGAAGAGUUGUUGCAACUAACCGAAAAUUUCCUGGAGUUCAACGAUUACGAGGAACACGGUGACAUGCUGAAGCAGUGGCGCGAACGAAUCCAAAAGUGCUUCACGGAGUGCAAACAAGCGGGAAUCGCCGAGUCGUUUCUGACGGGCUUUGAGCUGCGGAAGAAGAAACUGCACAACUUCAUCGAGGAUUUGAAGGGGUCGAUCCGGGUGUUCGUCCGUGUCCGGCCGUUGACGGGGAAAGAGAAGUCGAACAACGAAACGGAAGUGACGACGCAACUGGAUCUUUGUACCUUGACGGUCGGGGAUCCUGCGGGUUCUGCCGCCGAACGGCAAUUUACGUUCGACUCUUGCUUCUUCCCGUCCAGCACGCAAGCGGACGUGUUUGAAGACUCGCAGGAUUUAAUCCAGUCUGCUUUCGACGGGUACAACGUGACCAUUUUCGCCUAUGGGCAAACCGGCGCGGGGAAGACGUUCACGAUGUCGGGGACCAACGAGCACCCGGGGGUUGUCCCCAGGACCUGCAAUGAAAUUUUCCGCAUCAAGGAGCGCGACGCGAGCAGGUUCCGAACGACGGUGUCCAUCAGCAUGAUCGAACUGUACUGUGCGAAAUUCACGGAUUUGUUCCGGAAGAUGGAAAGCGCGCUCGGCGGGGGGAAGAAACCCGCCGCGGCAGUAAAGCCGGCGAAAGACAAGGAUGCGCAGAAGGAGCCGGAGAUCAACGUGCGGAUCGAGAAAGACGGGGCGGUGCGGGUGGAAAACGCCCGGGAACAACAGAUCGAGACGGCGGCGCAGAUGCUGUCGAUCAUCGACCAGGGAUUCUCGAACCGGGCGGUCGCUGCCACAAAGAUGAACAGCGAGUCGAGUCGUUCCCACUUGAUCACGAUCGUGCAGCUCGUUUCGGUCAAUCUGGAAACCAAGGUCCGCACGGUCGGGAAACUGUUGCUCUGCGAUCUCGCCGGGAGCGAGCGGUUGGCCAAGUCGGGCGCGGAGGGGCAGGCGCAGAAGGAAGCGAUUGAGAUCAACAAGUCGUUAACCGCUCUCGGUGACGUGAUCGAGGCGUUGACCAAGGUGGGAACGAAGAAGGGGGCCCAGUCGGUGAUCCCCUACAGAAAUCACAAGCUGACGCAGCUGAUGCAGGACUCGUUGGGCGGGACGGCGAAAACCCUGAUGUUCGUGAACUGCUCCCCCGCGGCGUCAAAUCAGGACGAAACGGUCAACGCGCUGAAGUGGGCGAAACGGGCAAAAAAUAUCAUCAACAAAAGGUAGUGUUGAGUGGGACAUUGUUGUUGGGGAAGCACACGCUGGUCGUGUGUGUACCUGAAAUUAUGAACAUUUUUUUUUCCAUUUUGGAUAGAUUGGUUUAGGUUUAUCGGUUUAUUUUUGCUACAGGGAUGUCAGUCUCAAGAUGAGCCAAUAUCUACAGCCUGAAUCAUCUGGAUGCGCAAUCGCCUCACCAGGAUUUGUUAAUUGAAUUUUGGCGGACCUAAGUAACUGCUCACGUUUUACAAAUGCUUUAUCAUGUACUCUAGUAUCUCAUUUUUCUCUAUUUUUGCAUUUUGUCACUUUUCUUCGUGUAUUCUGCUUUUACCAUCCUCGAGAGAUCGGUUUGAGUAUCUUUCAUUUUUCUAUAUCGGUCCAUGUCGCCUUACAUAAUACUGUAAUCACAGCAACCCGACACAGUGACUUAGUGUGCAACAUGAAGUUUGGUUCUCGGAAAAACAAAUCUGCGCUUUUCUUUCUCCAAAAACUUCGAUUUGCCAGCGGUUACAUACAGUGAGUUCAUCAAGCUUCUGAUAGAUAAAGACGAAUACGAAGUCACCUGGAAAUAAUCGGUCUGUUUUUCCGUGCCUGGAGCGAUAUUUCUUCGAGCGAACGUUUCUUUUUGAUAGUGGAUGUGAAGAAUGGCGCGUCUGAGAGAGAAUAUGGGAUAGUGGAGCACUUUGAGUAUGCGAUUAUUGGCGAAUUAAG